GCGCGCCCACUGGCUGUUCGGUAGCUAGGAGGGCGGCUACCCGCAGGGGCCUGACAGCGCAGGCUUAGCUCCUUUGUAUCUACCCGGCUUUGUGGUUGAGGUUGGGUCUCUGCCGCAGGGCCUAAGAAGAUGGUGCUGGGUGGUUGCCCGGUGAGUUACUUGCUUCUGUGCGGCCAGGCGGCCUUGCUGCUGGGGAAUCUACUUCUGCUGCAUUGUGUCUCUCGGAGCCACUCAUACAAUGCUACUGCCGAGCUCGAGCUCACGUCAGCGGGCGCCGCCCACCCGGAGGGCCUGGCUAGUGCUGCGAACUGGGAAUACGGCGACCCCCAGUCUCCAGUCAUCCUCUGCUCUUACCUACCUGAUGAAUUUAUACAUUGUGAUGACCCAGUGGAUCAUGUUGGAAAUUCAACUGCAUCCCAGGAACUUGGUUACGGUUGCCUCAAGUUUGGUGGUCAGGCCUACAGUGAUGUGGAACACACUUCUGUCCAGUGUCAGGCCCUAGAUGGAAUUGAGUGUGCCAGUCCUAGGACCUUCCUACGUGAAAAUAAACCUUGUAUAAAGUAUACCGGACACUAUUUCAUAACCACUUUACUGUAUUCCUUCUUCCUGGGAUGUUUUGGAGUGGAUCGUUUCUGUCUGGGACACACUGGCACAGCAGUUGGGAAGCUGUUGACACUUGGAGGACUUGGGAUUUGGUGGUUUGUUGACCUGAUUUUGCUUAUCACUGGAGGGCUGAUGCCAAGCGAUGGCAGCAACUGGUGCACCAUUUACUAAAGAGUUGCUGUUACACCCCAGAGAGACACGUGAGUGUUCUGUCUCCUGAACUCAUCUCUUCAGGCUCAGAAUUCUUCGAUUAUCAGACCUGAACACUUCUGUCUUUGGAGGAAAUGGGUUUGUAAGAAGAAUUCUUUGGAUGAUACAUUUUCAACCCAAAUCUUAUCUGGCAGACUAGAAUGACAAGCAAAUGGUGUUGUGGGGAUCAAAUUUGUACCGUUCCUGGUGUACAAAAUAUAAAGGCUAAUGACUAACUUAUUAACUGCAGACAGGUUUCCACAUUCUUUAUUUCUGGAUAUUGCUCUGUCUCCAGUCCAAGAUAGGUGAAGUGAGUAUGUUUAUCUGUGUGCCUUUUGUGACUCUAUCUUCAUGCAGAGAUGACCCAAAGCUGAGCCAAUGAAAAUCUUUAGCAGAAGUGUAAAUGGCCAUGGAUUUUAAAACACAUGAAAUUCUGACUUUUUUAAUUUAAAUUGUAGGAUAAAUUUUGCCAACCUGGAGUGCUAUAUGAGUAUUUGCAGGAGGGAGAGUAAACCUCAAAAUUAUAUUUGUUUUGCUGAAAGUUACUCAUUGAAAUGAACCACUCUAUUAAUAAACCCUAUAUGUUCCAGAGGCAAUACAUGCAGUCGUAUAAUUUCUUCAUUUCAAUUAUGUUUUGAAAGCCAACAAUACUAGACACAAAAAUGAGUUGAGCUAUUUCUUUUGGCAGAGUUGUCCUAUUUAAAAUAUCAGUGUCUUCCAGUUCAUGGAGCCCAUGUUACAAGGAUGAUGAAGUAAAAUAAGUAAUAUAAAACUCCUUUCAAAAUUAGGCAAGAUAAAAUGAGAAUCACCAUGCCCUUGGGAAGAAAAACAUAUUCCUACUUCAAAGAUACCAAAUAUCAAGAUAGAAUUAGGAGGUGAUUUAUGAGAGCAAGGAAAAACUAAAUAUAUUCUUUCCAAACAGGCAUGACACUAAACGUGCUUACAGUGGACAACAUCAGUCAGAAAGGGAUACAGUUAAGCUUUUGCAUUCCCAGGUCACUGGGAAUAAAAGGAAAUGUUCCCAGUUACAAAUGGUUUUAAAAACUCAAUCACCAUCCUUUUCAAUCUAAAUUGAAAAGAACUGUGAAGUAUAAAAUAAGAAGUAGACUUUGUGUACAAGCCAAACCUAGAGCUGCUAUUUAGAAUAAUUUACAAGGGGGCUGGAGGUAUAUCUUAGUGGUGGAGCACUUACCUAGCAUAUGCAAGGCCCUGUAUUUGAUACCCAGUACCACAAAAAAGGUGGCGGGCAAUAACUUACAAAAUCCAGGAGCAGUAAAGGUAGAACUUCUCAGUUAGCCCUCGUAAUAACUGACUUAAAGACCAAGAAUCACAGUUAAAAUAACUUCCCUGAAAAUGUUCUAUCAUCUUAUAACAUUUUCCUAAAAGUUUCUAGUUCAUCAUCCCUGGUUAAUAAGAUCACUGUUUUAUUACUAGAGGUAGCAUUGUGGGAAAAAUUAAAGUAAACUACCUUGUUCAGUCUUAAAAGUACUAUAUCACAUUGACCUUUACCUUGCUUAUUACAGCUUUAACUGGUAGACUCUUAAUCUGUAAUCUCUAUACUCUAAGGCAGUAUUUUUUAAUUAUUAUGGAUCGUGAAGAAACUAGGCUCUCUCCUCAGAUAAAUAUACAUCUAUAUAAAAUUUUACAUAGAAUUUAAUAGGGCUCCAAGUUACUAUAUUAAAAAAAAAAUUAGUUUUGGCAUAGGGAUAUCUCUCUUUCCUAGUAUGUACAAGGCCCUGGGUUUGAUCCCUAGACCAGCAACAUAACAGAAAAACAGAAAGAAAAACAUAUUCCUACUUCAAAGAUACCAAAUAUCAAGAUAGAAUUAGGAGGUUUUUCUGUUUUUAAUUAUUAUGGAUCAUGAAGAAACUAGGCUCUCUCCUCAGAUAAAUAUACAUCUAUAUAAAAUUUUACAUAGAAUUUAAUAGGGCUCCUAUUAAAAAAAAAAAACAAAAAAAACCAGAAAAACCAAAAAGCAAUUUCAACAACCAAAAUAACCCUUCAUUUUUAGGGGAAGUUUGAAAAAUAGGAACUACUAGUUCCACAAUAAGAUACUACUUUUAAAACAUAACCCAUAUCAUCUUACACUUAAAAAAAAAAAAAAAAA